CCCGACGCAGCCCGAACCGCGCCUCACACGCCCCGCGCGCGCACGCACACACGCCCGACGUGUCUCGCCGUCGCUUAUUGCCCAUCACUGGCCGUGUUCUCCCUGGCCAGCGCGUGUGGGGGGGACUGCCCGACGCCCAUGACGCCAUCAACCCCGUCGACCCCGACACCGACCCCGGCGUCGCUCGGUAGGUGCCCGCGCGACGCACCGAAGCUGGGCGUCUGCGCCAACGUGCUUGGCCUGAUCAAGGCCAAGGUGGGGCUGCCGCCCACUCUUCCCUGCUGCCCGCUGCUGAAGGGGCUCGUCGACCUCGAGGCGGCCGUGUGCCUCUGCACGGUGCUCAAGGCCAACGUCCUCGGCAUCAACCUCAACCUCCCCAUCGACCUCAGCAUCAUCCUCAACCACUGCGGCAGGAACGUGCCCACCGGCUUCAUGUGCUAAUAAAAACGAUCGAGGAAGCAUUAUAUAUUCUGCA